CUCUGUUACUAUCCUGCUGCACUUGCUAGUCUCUGUUACUAUCCUGCUGCACUUGCUAGUCUCUGUUACUAUCCUGCCAGUCUCUGUUACUAUCCUGCUGCACUUGCCAGUCACUGUUACUAUCCUGCAGCUUCCCCGUUUCAUUUUGCCCCUCACAACUCAUCUGCCUCUGGAUGCCCUGGGAUGCAGCUUCUUAGCUCCGGGCUGUGGCUGCUCGUUUGCAUGGUGUGGGUUGUCCAGGUUCCAGGGGGUCAUUCAGUGUGUGCCAGACGGGGCCAUCCGAGGUGCUGCCCGGGCAGAAACAACGCGUGCAUCGGGCUGAGCCAAACCGGGGUCACGUGCUAUUGUGACACCUACUGUCAUCGGAGUGGUGACUGCUGUGAGGACUACCAGGGACAGUGCGGGGGCAGCGUCUCAAACUGUGUGGUGGGCCCAUGGGGUGUGUGGAGUGAAUGCAGCUCACAAUGCGGUAUCGGAAGCAGGGAGCGAAUACGCCAAGUGAUGAUACCUCCAGGUAGCGGGGGAAGCCCCUGCCCAGACCUCAGACAACGCCGGGGCUGCUAUGGAGAGGACCCAACAUGUCACACAUCUAAAGAUGUGGCAAAGAUUUUACCAGACUCUUUCAAAAGGGACUUCAGGGAUCCUUGGAGGAGACCGCACUCUGUGAUUCGUGAAAGAAGGCCAAGUUACUGUGUUUAUUUCCGUUUGAAGCAUGUGGGCCCUGCCUGCCGCCUACAGGCAUGGAGCAGACAACUCAUAAGAGAGCAACUUGUGUGUGUAGAGUGCCAGGCGGAUGCAACUGGUAACAGUGGAAGAUGUCAAGGCGAUGGCAUGGCAGGAACCAGGACAUUUUGGACAGCGGCUUCUCUACCAGGAUGCCAGGGAUCCUGGGUACAGGAGGACCGCAGGGAGGACUGCACCUGUAAGCUGCUCUCUUUCCUCUUUGUGUGA